AUGCUUGCACGUUUGGCCAGCAGGAGUCUGACAGUCGUAUUUGCGUCCGUCCGCAAGCCCGUGGGGGUCAACCUGCUUGGCAGCAAGGCACACGCGCGCGCAGCCAUGCCGAAGCACCAGGGCGUCCUCGCCCUCUUCGACGUCGAUGGGACGCUCACGGUUCCUCGGAACAAGAUCGAUGGCGAGAUGACCGCGUUCAUGAAUGAGCUGCGCGAGUACGUCACGGUCGGCGUGGUCGGCGGCAGCGACUUCAGCAAGAUCAAGGAGCAGCUCGGCGACGACGUGCUGGAGCGGCACGACUACAUCUUCGCGGAGAAUGGGCUCGUGGCAUACAAGGGGUCCGAACAGAUCGCCAUCCAGUCCCUCAAGACCUACCUCGGCGAGGACAAGCUGCAGCGCUUCAUCAACUUCGUGCUCCACUACAUCGCCGACCUGAAGAUCCCGGUGAAGCGCGGGACGUUCAUCGAGUUCCGCAACGGGAUGCUGAACGUGUCCCCGAUCGGGCGGAACUGCAGCCAGGAGGAGCGCGACGAGUUCGAGCGCUACGACAAGGAGGCGGGCGUGCGCAAGACCAUGGUGGCCAAGCUGCGCGAAGAGUUCAAGGACCUCAACCUCACCUUCUCCAUCGGCGGACAGAUCUCCUUCGACGUCUUCCCCGCCGGCUGGGACAAGACCUACUGCCUCCAGUUCGUGGACAAGGAGUUUCCGACGAUUCACUUCUUCGGGGACAAGACGUACGAGGGCGGCAACGACCACGAGAUCUUCACGUCGGACCGCACGGAGGGGCACACGGUGACGUCGCCGGCGGACACGCGCGAACAGUGCCGCAAGCUCUUCAUGCAGUGA